AUGCAGCCGUCGUCGUCGCAGCCCGCGGCGGCGCAGGCCACUCUCGCCGCCCCGGACGUACUCCAACCUUCGGCGUCCCAGGACACCUCCUUCACCCCACGCAAGGAGUUCAUCCGCUCGCCCAAGCCCGUCCCCAACAUCUUCUUCCUCCUCGCCAUCUCUGCCUCCAAUUGCAUCCGUCUCUACUCGUUUCCCCUCUCCUUCAUCGUCGCCCUCCGCCGUCUCCUCGAGCAGCAGACCUCGAUCAUCGAGUACCGCGAGGAUGUCCAGAACAGCAUGUGCGAGUUCGUGCUCGAGGGAAAGCCCUGGGCCAAUCCGAAGAGCGUCACCGCCGAGCGCCUGCUCGUGCACAUCCUUGCCGCCAUCUACCAGCAAGGAUACACCUUUCUCUCCGUGAUCGACUACGGCCGGGAGACGGACGACAAGCUCGCGAUGGCCUUCUCGAAACCCUCCCCCUCCUCCGUGUCUCGAACCGACUCGCCCCGUCCAUCGCAGGAUGCCGCCGCCGCCGCCCCCAGCCUGUCCUCGCACAGCGCGCGCGAGCGCCGCGUGCCGUUCGCGCUCUCCUUCGCGUCCGCGACAUGCAUGCGAGUCAUCGCGCCCCCGCUCCACUCCACCCCCGCCAUCCUCCAGGCCGUUCGCGCCUCCUGGCCUCGUGGCGUCGUGUCAGAGAAGAAGGUGUCUGAUGACUGUUUUGAGUUCAAGCUAAAGGGCUAUCGAUGGUUCCAGGAGGACACAUUCGCCACGGACUCGUUGCGGCAUAUUUUGUCGCUGCUGUCCGCGCUGGAUGCGAACCAGUUCACGCUCCUCGCCUCGCUCUCGCUUACGAACCGUUCGCGCGUCAAGGACCUGUGGGUCUUCACUGGUCCACCGUCACCCUCAGCGAUCUAUGAGUCUCCUAACGCCUCGAUGCUCGGCUCGAAUAUGGACAUGCGUCGUGCGCCAGAUCAAUCGUACCAGCAUUUGCCAAUGCAUCAUCGCAUGGCCACAGAGCCAAUGGUGGCGCCUCUGCCUCACCCCGCGCAUCAGCGCGCGGCGACAGAAUCGACGCCGCGCCGUACGUUGUCCAAGAAUCGACGCCCCAACACGCCGCCUCGUAACGGGACGCCGCCUGGGCAGCAGCCUGAAACUUCGCCCAACACGUUACGCAAGCCUGCGCCUCGUGCACAGGUGCCCGUGUCUGUCGCCUCCAUCACAGACGUGGAGGAUGAAGGUUUCCGCGCGCAGCUGCCCAGCACCGUGCCCUCUGGUGUGGAGAACAUGACUGGUGUGGGCGCAGGGCCCCCUCACUCCGGUGGCCCUCUACCACCGCAGGUCGCGAUGCCAAUGCCACCAGCGGAGCAGACGCCGGAUGUGUUCUACGCGACAUCUCCUUUCACUACGGGUGCUCCGCCUCAGCCGUCGCCCGUUAGGAGCACGCACGAGCAGUCCAGUGCGCCAAAGUCGCGUGUGCCCUCCGAUGAAGUUCCCGUCCAGACUAUCGAGGAACUUUCUGCCGGGUCGCUGACACCGCCCUAUCAGCCGGGUAGUCAAGUUAACACGCCUGGAACGCAGGCGGGUACGCCGCCGCUCCUCCCCUCUGGCGUCUUCCGCGACUCAGCCUUCUCGUCUAACACGGAAGAGAGCGCGGAGGUGCCGAUCAAGUGGACAGGGCUCGCUGCGCGCCUACAAGAGGGCGAGCCGCGCCCUGGGAUGGGCGAGCGUGUGCGCUCCGACCCCGACCCUCCUCUGCCUGGCGCGUGGCAACCUACGCCUGCGGAGGAGAAGCCUGCAGAGCUUCGCCCAGACUCGGGUGUGGGGCGGGAGGAGAGUCCGCCGAGGGAGGUGCAGGAGGUUUCUGGCCGAGUGCAAUCGCCCGAGCUUACCGAGCCAGACGUUCUGCGGAGAAGUGAAGCGGGGCUCAUCGAGCAGGCAAGUCGGAGACAGACGGGGCAGGCGGCGGAGAUGGGGGUUUUGCGGUCGUCGCCCGAAGGAUCUCCUAGCGUUCCCAGCUCCCCGACUUCGGCUACUGCUCGACCUGGUGGGCCGAAGACGAAAUCUGGGCACACCUCCGUGCGCGGGUGGGUUCUUGUCAAUGUCGAGCCCGUGUCGCCGAGGAGCGAAGCGGCGAAGGAGCUCGGUAGGUCGGCGAACGGCAAGGAGAACGAGACCAGUUCUGAGAAGAAAGACGUCGGCAAGGAGAAGGACCCGCAUAAGGAGAAGGGCAGCGUCGCCAGCCUGAAGGGCAAGGGUCGCGACGCUGACUCCGCAGCGAGCAGCACGCGCUCGUCGCCGACCUCCUCAAAGCACAAGCGCGAAGGAUCAGGCUCGGGCGCCCGCAGGUUCUUCUCCCUUACGCGGCGCGGGUCGAAGUCGGUGAGUCGCCGCCGCCAGUCGGCGCUCUUGCCGUUUUCCUCCCUGCUAACGCGAGGGUCGAAGAAACAGGAAGACGCGAGCAAGUCGAAGACGAGCUUCCGGAACCGGCUGAGGUCGGUUGGUACGGAGAAGGUGGACGACCGGGAUGGUGCAUAA